AUGAACCUCGUUCAAAAGAUUGGUGGGAGCCAAAACCUCAAGUUGAGUCUCUUGUUGACUUUUGGUCACCUGGUUCAGCCAUUGAGUGAUCCUGAAGAUGCUGGUACAAACCAGCCGUUCCAUGUUGUGAUUCCGGCCUUGCCUGGCCUGGGCUUCAGCGAUGCUCUUCCUUCUAAUGCACCUCCUGUUUCUACAACAGCUCAGCUACUGGACAGCUUGAUGAAGAGAUUAUCAUACGAACAUUACGUUGGAAGUAACGCCGGCUCUGCUUCAAUUUCCCCAGCUGCUAUUGAUUGGAGACUGGCCCGGCACCUUUCAAUUCACUAUUCAGAAUCAUGUCUGGGGUUUCAUUUUAUUGCACCUCCUCUGACAUGCCCUACACUUUCGGGCUCGGCCAGUGAGUGGUUAAAAUGGAAACUUGCUCGACUCUUUGGCUCUUCAAUUCUGGGCUACUCCAAGGACGACCUCUCGGCUAUACAGAAGCAGGAGACGCCGCAGUUAAGCAAGAAGUCGGCUGUUAACCUGGGUCAGCAUAGCCGCAGUGACUUUGAACCAAACACGCCGUCAUAUGCGCUGUGUGACUCUCCGACAGGCCUCCUCCUCUAUGUGCUGAAACUGCUCCGGACUCUUGGUCCCAAGAAGGAACUUACACCUAAAGACAUCAUCACUCUCACCUGUCUCAUAUGGCUACCUGGCCCUGAGGCUGCUCUGCGAUUCUGGGCUCAAUGCGCGUCAGAGAUCGAGCCUGUGGAGGAAAAGAAGACGACAAAGAAACCCAAGGUUGCCAUUACCGUUUUCACUGGAGACGAGGAUCAGGCUGAGCAGCAACGAACACUCCCACGUCCUGCAAAGACCAUGUACUCUUGCCCUGGCUGGGCUAACAGGGAAUACCACGUCGUGCACCUCAACCGAGCCCCUGGAACUCCAGGUUUCUUGGCUUGGGACCGGCAAGAUGUGAUAGUUGAAGGAAUGCGCGGUCUAGUGAAAGCAAUAUUGGCAAAGGAUAAAAGGAUUCAAGUUGCUGAACAGCCUGGGGCUGUUCUUCAGGAUCAGCUCGAAGUGCAGGAUGGCCGGAUAGCCCAAGCAGAUCUUUCUGGAACAACAGUCCAGGAUCCGAACGCCAGUCCGGGUGAGGGACCUCAUAAAACUGGUGUACAGAAACCAGCAGGGGACGAUCACCAACACCUUGCCCCUCCACAAGCAGCUACACACGGAGGUACUCAUUGA